AGGAUUGUUGGGGGGGUCGCUGUUGCAGGAUUGUUGGGGGGGCACCGUUGGCACCGUCAUGCUUUUGGAAGUGACUUUGUGAGUGAUAUGCGGCGCAGACUCUGCAGGGAGGAUUCAUCCCGGCCGGCCGCUGAGGGAGGCAUCGAGGGGGGGUCCCGGCCCUGGAGGAGGCCCCUGCAGUCCCCACCCCCGGAUCCCAGCCCGGCACCAGAAGAGAGUGCAUGACAGGACGAGAUAACCCCGGCCAGAGCUGCCCUGUCUGCUGCAGAUAAGCCCAGGCUGCACCAUCCAUACCCCCCCACACACACACACACUGGGGCUGCCAUUGCUGUGUUCCUGGGUCUCUUUGGGCUCCAGAGACUCUUUGUGGGACAGACUAGAUGCAUCACUCAAUAAUUGAUGUUACGGGAAGCCGCCCCUGAACUGUGAAUGCAUCCUUGGACCGGGCCGGCUUCUCGUUACCCCUAUGUGAGAGAGGGUUGACUGCAAAGAGAAUGGCCGACCACGAGGAAGCGGAGCUGUCCGAGUCCCUUCGGAAGGAGGACGGGUUUUCCAGUGAGCCCGAGGACCCGGGGACCAACUUCAAAUCGAAAAGUCUGCCUGUUUUGAAUGAGGCAGAGCCUCAGGAGAAAACGUCCCUGGCCGGCUCGGCACGCGUGUCCAUGACGGCGGACGAAAGUGCAGAGUUCAUCCAGUUCUCGGCCAAGACCGAGUCCUUCCAGGCCGAGUCCCCGACCAGGACCAGCUACCUGCCCAAGGCCGGGAAGGCGGCCCUGAACCGGCCCAGCUCGUACCGGGAGGCCGCCGACCUCCGGAAGAGUAAAAACGUUGCCCGCAGGAAGCCCCCCGGGUUCUUCGCCGCCAGACUGGCCCGGAUCGGUCUGCCCAGCAGGAAGCGCCUGAACGUCAUCCUGCAGGACUCGCGCUGCUUCCUGUUCUGCAUGUGCUACCUGACCUUCAUCCAGUCGCUCAUGGUGUCGGGCUACCUGAGCAGCGUCAUCACCACCAUCGAGAAGAGGUACAGCCUGAGGAGCUCGGAGUCGGGCCUCCUGGUCAGCUGCUUCGACAUCGGGAGCCUCCUGGUGGUCGUCUUCAUCAGCUACUUCGGGGGGCGGGGCCAGAGACCCCGCUGGCUGGCGGUGGGGGGGAUCUUCAUCACCGUGGGGGCCGCCCUCUUCUCCCUACCUCACUUCAUCUCCCCGCCCUACCAGAUCAAGGAGGUCAACUCGUCCUCGGGCAACGAGGGCCUGUGCAUGAACAGCAACGGCAGCGGCAGGGACCGCGUCGACAUCACUUCCUGUCCCCGGGACCAGGAGGGCAACGAGCACAACCUGUACGUGGCGCUGUUCAUCAUCGCGCAGAUCCUGGUGGGGAUGGGAUCCACCCCCAUCUACACGCUCGGACCCACCUACCUGGACGACAACGUCAAGAAGGAGAACGCCUCCCUGUAUCUGGCGAUGAUGUAUGUGAUGGGAGCGCUGGGCCCGGCCGCCGGCUACCUACUGGGAGGAGUCCUCAUCGGCUUCUACGUGGACCCCAAAACCGCCGUCAACAUCGACCAGAGCGACCCGCGCUUCAUCGGCAACUGGUGGAGCGGGUUCCUGCUCUGCGCCGUGGCCAUGCUGCUGGUCAUCUUCCCCAUGUUCACCUUCCCCAAGAAGCUGCCGCCGCGACACAAGAAGAAGAAGAGGAGGAAAAAGGUGAGCAUGGACGACCUGUCCAGCGACGACGACGUGCUGAAGGAGAAGACCAACAACAAGAACCAGACGGUCACCUCGUCCAUGGGCUUCGGCAAGGACAUCAAAGACCUGCCCAAAGCCGCGGUCAGGAUCCUCAGCAACGUCACCUUCCUGUUCGUCAGCCUGUCCUACACGGCGGAGAGCGCCAUCGUCACGGCCUUCAUCACCUUCAUCCCCAAGUUCAUCGAGUCGCAGUUCGGGAUCCCGGCGUCCGCCGCCAGCAUCUACACCGGUGUGAUCAUCGUGCCCAGCGCCGGCGUGGGCAUCGUCCUCGGCGGCUACAUCAUCAAGAAGCUGAAGCUGGGAGCUCGGGAGUCGGCCAAGCUGGCCAUGAUCUGCAGCGGCGUGUCGCUGCUCUGCUUCUCCACGCUCUUCAUCGUGGGCUGUGAGAGCAUCAACCUGGGAGGCAUCAACAUCCCCUACACCACCGGGCCGACUCUCACCAUGACCCAGAGGAACCUGACCGGAGGCUGUAACGUCAACUGCGGCUGCAAAAUCCACGAGUACGCUCCGGUGUGCGGCUCUGACGGCAUCACGUACUUCAACCCCUGCCUGGCCGGCUGCAGCAGCGUGGCCAACGACAGCAGCGGGACCCGGAACUACUCGGACUGCGCCUGCGUCCAGAGCCGGCAGGUCAUCACGCCGUCGUCCGGCGGCCAGGGCAGCAACCAGCUGCAGCUGGUCAUCGUCAAGACCUACCUGAACGAGAACGGCUACGCCGUGGCGGGGAAGUGCGACCGCACCUGCAGCACCCUCAUCCCCUUCCUCAUCUUCCUCUUCAUCGUCACGCUCAUCACCGCCUGCGCGCAGCCCUCCGCCAUCAUCGUCACGCUCAGGUCUGUAGCGGAGCAGGAGAGGCCGUUUGCUCUGGGGAUGCAGUUCGUUCUCCUCAGGACCCUCGCCUACAUCCCGACCCCCAUCUACUUCGGCGCCGUCAUCGACACCACCUGCAUGCUGUGGCAGCAGGACUGCGGCGUCCACGGCUCCUGCUGGGAGUACGACGUCACCUCGCUGCGCUUCGUCUACUUCGGCCUGGCGGCCAGCCUCAAGUUCUUCGGCUUCCUCUUCAUCUUCCUCACCUGGUACUCCAUCAAGUACAAGGAGGAGCGGGUGGAGCGCUGGCUGAAGCGCCACCUGUCGCCCGCCGACACCGUGGGCAGCCUGGUGUGCCACCCGGGGGGCCACAAGGGCCACGCCCGCACCCGCUCCUGCCCCGUCAACAUCCCCCGCACCGACCCCGCCGCCCUGGCGGCCGCCACCGGGGGGCUCAACCGCGGCGUCAGCACGCAGAGUUGCCCCGGCAACGAGCUGAAGGCCGCCACUCCUCCCCCUCCGGUGGGGGCGGGGGCCCCGGCGGCUGCAGGCCCCGCCCCCACGCCGGCCCAGUCCCUGGAACACGUCCCGGCCCGGGCCUGAUCCUCCCCGCCGGCAUCAGCCUCCUCCCAUCCCAUAAUCCCCCCCCGGGUCGGACUCACCGGGCCGGACGCCGCUCAGAACCGGGACUCAUCGGCGCGGCGGCGCCCGAGACUCUACACCCCCCCACCCCGACCUCCCGUCACCGCGGCAACACGUGCCUUCUGCCACCACAGUCCUCACAUGUACAGAACCACCGGCUCGGAUACCUCAGCCUCGCCCCCCCCCGAUAUCAGCAUCGUCAUAUCACCAUGAAACAAACAAAAACAGACAAAAAACAGACUAACCCCUGUGGAAAUGUGAUUUACUACGACGAGGCGCGAGGAACUGGGAGCCGACGGCGUUCGGCCUCCAUCGGUCUCGCUCCUGUUAGUUGUUUUUUGGUUUUUAACUCUUUUUUUCAGGGUCAAACGUAUGGAGCCAAAUCAAGGCCAAAGGUUUUGCUAAUUUGAAAAUAAAAUUUUAACGUGAAAAUUAUUUUUUAAGGGUUAAUUUUUUUUUUUUUCAGUGUCAGAUCUUUAUUUCAGUUUCAAAUCUUUUUUUCAGUUUCAGAUCUUUUUUUUUUUGUUUAAGAUCUUUUUUUUUCAGUUUCACUUCAACUGAGAGGGGCGUGGCAUCAUGAGUGACAGCAGAACAGAGAAGGCGGGGGACGUUCCUCAGUCAUGUUGCCUUCAGGAAACGUAGGUUGCAGAAGUUAUCAGUAGAAGUAUGAUUCGUGAUUGGCAGUGGAAAAAACUGAUAUUAGUGACACAUUUCUGUUUAAAAAGCUGUUUUAGACCAUACUUGGCAAUAAACUAUGCCAGACUGUACAGUUCAACAGCCAAACUUUAAAGUUUGACAUUUCCCACUUCCACAUACUACCGUGAACGCAUCGCAGUAUCGUUUGAGAUGGCGGAGCGGAUGCCAAACAUGAGGAACGUCCCCCGCCUUCUCUGUUAUGCUGUCACUCAUGAUGCCACG